CCCCGCUCCUCCUUACGCAUGCGCGACUCCGAGCUGGCCCAAGAAGUUCGUAGCCUUUGUCAGGCCCGGGAUGGGAGCUCAGUCUUCCCAGGAUUCUCCCUUUUCCCAAGAGCGGAACACAGAAGAGGGAGAAGUGCCAGCUCUGCACCUCACAGCCAGAUCCCAGGCAUCAGUGACAUUCAAGGACGUGGCCAUGGAUUUUACCCCAGAGGAGUGGGGGAAGUUGGAUCCUGCACAAAGGGAGGUGAUGCUGGAGAACUAUAGGAACCUGGUCUCGCUUUGGCUUCCAGUUUCCAAACCUGAGAACUACAGUUUGGAGAAUGGAAAAGAACCAUUGAUGCUUGAGAGAAAAGCCCCCAAAAGCAGCUAUUCGGACCUGGAGACUAAACCUGAGGGCAAAGAUUCAACUUCAGUGCAAGAUAUUUCCAAAGAAGAAUCAUGCCAGGCUGCAAUAAUAGACAGACUGACAAGGAAUAGUGUCUAUGACUCCAACUUGGAAACAACUCUUGAAUGUGAAAAUUGGUUAGAGAAUCAGCAAGGAAAUCAGGAGAGACACUUGAGAGAAAUGUUCACCCACGUGAAUUCACUCCCUGAAGAAAGAGCUCAUGAACAUGAUGUAUGUUGGAAAAACUUGAGUCAGAAGUCUGUUCUUCUCACUCAAGACAGAGCUCCCAAAGGAUCCUAUGCCUUCCAUACGCUUGAAAAAAGGUUGAAACAGAAAUCAAACUUAAUGAAAAAGCAAAGAACCUGUAAAGAAAAAAAGCCUCACAAAUGCAACGAUUGCGGUGAACUCUUCACAUACCAUUCAGUGCUUAUUCGACACCAGAGAGUGCAUACUGGAGAGAAGCCCUAUAGCUGCAGUGAAUGUGGGAAAUCUUUUAGCCACAGAGCUAAUUUAACUAAACAUCAGAGAACUCAUACUAGAAUUCUCUUUGAGUGCAGUGAAUGCAAGAAAGCCUUCACAGAAAGCUCAUCCCUUGCGAUACAUCAGCGAAUUCACAUUGGAGAGAGACCGUAUGAAUGCAGUGAAUGUGGAAAAGGUUUUAAUCGAAGUACACAUCUUGUGCAGCAUCAGUUGAUUCAUACUGGAGUGAAGCCUUAUGAAUGUAAUGAAUGUGAUAAAGCUUUCAUUCAUUCGUCAGCUCUCAUUAAACAUCAACGAACUCAUACUGGAGAGAAGCCCUAUAAAUGUCAGGAAUGCGGGAAAGCCUUCAGCCAUUGCUCAUCCCUUACUAAACAUCAGAGAGUUCAUACUGGAGAAAAGCCAUAUGAAUGUAGCGAAUGUGGAAAAACCUUUAGUCAGAGCACACAUCUUGUUCAGCAUCAGAGAAUUCAUACUGGGGAGAAACCCUAUGAGUGUAACGAAUGUGGGAAAACCUUCAGCCGGAGCUCAAAUUUUGCUAAACAUCAAAGAAUUCAUAUCGGAAAGAAACCAUACAAAUGUAAUGAAUGUGGGAAAGCCUUCAUUCAUUCAUCAGCUCUUAUUCAACACCAGAGAACUCAUACUGGGGAGAAGCCCUACAGAUGUGAUGAAUGUGGGAAAAGCUUUAAGUGCAGUUCAUCCCUCAUCAGACAUCAAAGAAUUCAUACUGAAGAGCAACUCUGAAAAAUUACUGAAUGUGAAGAAAUGUAAGUUGGCUUUAUCACUGUGUUAAAAUACCUGAGUGUUUAGGUGGAACAUCCAUAAAAUGCUGCUCGAGGACCAAUUCUUUAUGCGUCUACUUUUACUUGCAUAACACAUAGUUUUGAGCCAUAGACACCAUGUUCCUUAUAUCCAUUGAUUUGAUCAUUACGAAAGCUUCUGGCCAGGGAGCUCAAAUUUUGAUCUCCAUCCCCCACCACCACUACCAAAUAACCCUUUCAUGGAAAUUCAAGAAAUCCUUGGGAGUGGAUAGCAAUCUGAUCCUUGUGAAGUCUGGUUCCUCCCUCUCUUUGUCACAUGAAAGCCUUGUUACAGCAUCUCACUCGGUAAGGAAAUUCUUAUUUGUAAACAUAGGUAGGGGACUUCUAUCUCUCUCAUCAGGAAAACACAGAGUUGUUCCUCUUUGGAUCCGAAGUAGAGCUCCAGAUGUACAGCUACUGUCAUUUCUCCAGGAAGGGUUAAUUCUUUUACAUUAGCUGUAAAAUGUUAAGGUUAAGAGUUGAAAUAUGCUUUGGAUUCCCUCCCUCCCCCAAAGGCUACUGUCUAAUUUGAUGAACAUAAAUAGACUGUAUUGCAGGUUCUAAGUUGUGUUCACUUGGAUUCUG